AUGGCCCGCGAGCCGGAGGAAGAGGAGACGGCGGGGGCGGCCGCCCUGGCCCGCCGCUGCCGGGGCUUGCCCGGCCGGGCCGGGGCGGGAGCGCUGCGGCCGUCCCUCUGGCUGUUCUGCCUGUUCGCGUGCUGGCUGCUGGGCGCGGUGGCCGACGCCGACUUCUCCAUCCUGGACGAGGCGCAAGUGCUGGCGAGCCAGAUGCGGAGGCUAGCGGCCGAGGAGCUGGGGGUCGUCACCAUGCAGCGGAUAUUCAACUCCUUUGUUUACACUGAGAAAAUCUCAAAUGGAGAAAGUGAAGUGCAGCAGCUAGCCAAAAAAAUCCGAGAGAAGUUCAACCGUUACUUGGAUGUGGUCAACCGGAACAAGCAAGUUGUCGAAGCAUCCUAUACAGCUCACCUGACCUCUCCCCUCACGGCCAUUCAAGACUGCUGCACUAUUCCACCUUCCAUGAUGGAAUUUGAUGGGAACUUCAAUACCAAUGUAUCUAGAACAAUUAGUUGCGAUCGACUUUCUACAACUGUUAAUAGUCGGGCCUUCAAUCCAGGACGAGACUUAAAUUCAGUUCUUGCAGACAACCUGAAAUCCAACCCUGGAAUUAAGUGGCAGUAUUUCAGUUCGGAGGAGGGAAUUUUCACUGUUUUCCCAGCGCACAAGUUCCGGUGCAAGGGCAGCUACGAGCAUCGCAGUAGGCCCAUCUACGUCUCUACAGUCCGGCCGCAGUCAAAGCACAUAGUAGUGAUCCUGGACCACGGGGCUUCCGUCACCGACACCCAGCUUCAGAUCGCCAAGGAUGCUGCCCAGGUCAUCCUCAGCGCCAUCGACGAACACGAUAAGAUCUCUGUGUUGACUGUGGCAGACACGGUCAGGACCUGCUCCCUUGACCAGUGCUAUAAGACGUUCCUGUCUCCAGCCACCAGUGAGACAAAGCGGAAAAUGUCCACCUUCGUUAGCAGCGUCAAGUCUCUGGACAGUCCCACCCAACACUCCGUGGGGUUUCAAAAGGCCUUUCAGCUGAUUCGAAGCACAAACAAUAACACGAAGUUCCAAGCGAAUACAGACAUGGUCAUAAUUUACCUGUCAGCUGGCAUCACAUCAAAGGACUCCUCAGAAGAAGAUAAAAAGGCAACUCUCCGGAUCAUCAAUGAAGAAAAUAGCUUUCUAAACAACUCCGUAAUGAUUCUCACCUAUGCCCUCAUGAACGACGGGGUGACUGGCCUGAAAGAGCUGGCUUUUCUGAGAGAUCUGGCAGAACAGAACUCAGGGAAGUAUGGCGUGCUGGACCGGACAGCCUUGCCCGUGGUUAAAGGUAGCAUGAUGGUGCUGAACCAGCUGAGCAACCUGGAGACCACAGUCGGCAGGUUCUACACCAACCUUCCCAACCGGAUGAUCGAUGAGGCUGUCUUUAGCCUCCCCUUCUCUGAUGAGAUGGGAGAUGGUUUGAUAAUGACUGUGAGUAAACCCUGUUAUUUUGGAAACCUACUUCUGGGAAUCGUCGGUGUGGAUGUGAACCUGGCUUACAUCCUUGAAGACGUGACUUAUUACCAAGACUCUUUGGCUUCCUAUACUUUCCUCAUAGAUGACAAAGGAUAUACACUUAUGCACCCAUCUCUUACCAGGCCCUAUUUACUAUCAGAACCCCCUCUUCAUACUGACAUCAUUCAUUAUGAAAAUAUCCCAAAAUUUGAGUUGGUUCGGCAAAAUAUUCUAAGCCUCCCCCUGGGCAGCCAGGUCAUCGCUGUGCCUGUGAACUCGUCCCUGUCCUGGCACAUCAACAAGCUGAGGGAAGCCGGGAAGGAGGCCUACAACGUUAGCUAUGCCUGGAAGAUGGUACAAGACACUUCUUUUAUUCUCUGCAUUGUGGUGAUACAACCAGAAAUACCUGUCAAACAACUGAAGAACCUCAACACGGUCCCCAGCAGCAAGCUGCUGUACCACCGGCUGGACCUCCUGGGCCAGCCCAGUGCUUGCCUCCACUUCAAGCAGCUGGCCACUCUAGAAAGUCCAACCGUCAUGCUGUCUGCUGGCAGCUUUUCCUCCCCCUAUGAGCACCUCAGCCAGCCCGAGACAAAGCGCAUGGUGGAGCACUACACAGCCUACCUCAGCGACAACACCCGCCUCAUUGCCAACCCGGGGCUCAAAUUCUCUGUCAGAAAUGAAGUAAUGGCUACCAGCCACGUCACAGAUGAAUGGAUGACACAAAUGGAAAUGAGCAGCCUGAACACUUACAUUGUCCGCCGUUACAUAGCAACACCCAAUGGCGUCCUCAGAAUUUAUCCUGGUUCCCUCAUGGACAAAGCAUUUGAUCCCACUAGGAGACAAUGGUAUCUCCACGCAGUAGCUAAUCCUGGCUUGAUUUCUUUGACUGGCCCUUACUUAGAUGUUGGAGGAGCUGGCUAUGUGGUUACCAUCAGUCAUACAAUUCAUUCAUCCAGUACACAGAUGUCUUCUGGGCAUACCGUGGCCGUGAUGGGCAUUGACUUCACGCUUCGAUACUUCUACAAGGUUCUGAUGGACUUACUACCAGUUUGUAACCAAGAUGGUGGCAACAAGAUAAGGUGUUUCAUAAUGGAGGACAGGGGCUAUCUGGUGGCACAUCCAACCCUCAUUGACCCCAAAGGACAUGCACCUGUGGAACAACAGCACAUAACCCACAAGGAGCCCUUGGUAGCAAACGAUAUCCUGAACCACCCCAACUUUGUCAAGAAAAACCUGUGCAACAGCUUCAGUGACAGGACAGUCCAGAGGUUUUAUAAAUUCAACACCAGCCUCGUGGGGGACUUGACAAACCUUGUGCAUGGCAGCCACUGUUCUAAGUACAGACUGGCGAGGAUCCCAGGCACCAACGCGUUUGUCGGCAUUGUCAAUGAAACGUGCGACUCUCUCGCCUUCUGUGCGUGUAGCAUGGUGGACCGGCUCUGUCUCAACUGUCACCGAAUGGAACAAAAUGAAUGUGAAUGUCCCUGUGAGUGCCCUCUAGAGGUCAACGAGUGUACUGGCAACCUCACCAAUGCAGAAAACCGAAACCCCAGCUGCGAGGUUCACCAGGAGCCGGUGACAUACACAGCCACCGACCCCGGCCUGCAGGACGCUCUUCACCAGUGUGUCAACAGCAGGUGCAGCCAGAGGAUGGAGAGCGGGGACUGCUUUGGCGUGCUGGACUGUGAAUGGUGCAUGGUGGACAGCGACGGAAAGACGCACCUGGACAAGUCCUACUGUGCGCCCCAGAAAGAAUGCUUUGGGGGCAUCGUGGGCGCCAAAAGUCCCUACGUGGAUGACAUGGGAGCAAUAGGUGAUGAGGUGGUCACAUUGAACAUGAUUAAAAGUGCCCCCGUGGGCCCCGUGGCUGGCGGCAUCAUGGGGUGCAUCAUGGUCCUGGUCCUCGCUGUGUACGCCUACCGCCACCAGAUUCACCGCCGGAGUCACCAGCACAUGUCUCCGCUGGCUGCCCAAGAAAUGUCAGUGCGUAUGUCCAACCUGGAGAAUGACAGAGAUGAAAGGGACGAUGACAGCCACGAAGACAGAGGCAUCAUCAGCAACACUCGAUUUAUAGCCGCGGUCAUGGAGCGGCACGCACACAGUCCCGAGAGGAGGCGUCGCUACUGGGGUCGAUCAGGAACAGAGAGUGACCACGGCUACAGCACCAUGAGCCCACAGGAAGACAGUGAAAACCCUCCGUGCAACAAUGACCCCUUGUCAGCAGGGGUGGACGUGGGGAACCACGAUGAGGACUUGGACCUGGACACCCCGCCUCAGACCGCGGCCCUGCUGAGCAACAAGUUCCACCACUACCGCUUGCACCACCCCACGCUGCACCACAGCCACCACCUGCAGGCCGCCGUGACGGUCCACACCGUGGACGCCGAGUGCUAACGGCCCUCCGCCCCGUGAGAAGCCAGGGUCGGGGAGGUACGGACCGGUCUGGAGGGAAAGGAACCAGCAUAAAACCCUCAGCAAGAAACCUCUCGUGUGUGGGCUUUGUCCGGAGUGAGGUCACUCGUUUAUACGUGGAUAUGUUUGAAAGUGAGAGCGAACACCGGAAUCCCACGUGGGAAGCCGCCAGGCGGGUUCUGCCACGGCCGGGAAAUUAGCCUGAUAAAUGAGCCUGCCAUGCUCCUAGCGGAAUGGAACAGAAGGCAAACCUCCAAACGGAGAGACGGAACCUAUAAAUGAAACAUGGGGAACCUUCGUGAAGCUGAGCCAGAGGAAUGUUCCGAGGAGCCAGAGACAGUCAGCUCGCCUUAACUGGAAGAGGGGGAUGCGCUCCCGGAGCCGCGCGCGCACGUCCGGCUGAAACGCGCUUUGGAGAUGUCGCCUUGUUUCCCCGCGGUACCUAGACGCCACGGUUGCUGUGUGGCGCCCCUGCGAAGCUCUGAGUGACGCAUCCCAAAAUUUCUAAGUAAAGGAUUAUUUUUCUACUAUUUAUUGAACUUUCAAGCAUUCUCAAACUUGGGGGGGGAAGGAAAGGAAACACAUGAGAAAUUUCCAGCAGUUUUCCUUAGCUGCGCUGUGUGUAAUGAAGUGGUUCUUUGACUAAGGAGUUCUAUUUUUUAUUUAACUGCUAUCAUCCCACUGCCCCGCUCCAGAAAAUGGGAAAAUGAAGAAAUCUUUCUCUCUAGCUUGUUUACAUACAUUUUCUUUAGACCGUCAUCUCGCGGAAACACUCCUCUAUUUGAAAUGCAGUCCAAUAUUCUUUCUCUGUGUUCGACAGAGGUGGGGAGGGGCAGAGAAACCCAAGAAGCUCUUAGAGAAAUUUUGUUCCUUUUUAAAACAUUCCCACUGCCCCUACGAUGCCUUCCUUAGAUGUCUACGAAACCUGAUGUUGCUGCCCUAGCCUUUCAGCUAAGGGAGGGUUGUAUUUAUUCUUCUUGUUUCAGAGACUAGCCAUUUGAAAAUGUCCCAUUUUGGUUCUGAGAAUAUUGAAUGCCUAAAGGAAGAAGUUUUUAAAAUUCGAAAUUGGGAUCGUGUAUUAACGAUUUCUUUUGAAAUCAUCGUUCAAAGCUGCUGCCAGUUAUCCAAGAAGUCAUCUACCCAGCUGCUUUGUGACGCGUACAGAGAUUGAUCAGAUCGGCCGACAGAACAUGGCGUUGUAAUUUUAAAGUAGUGUUCUAAUGACAGUGAUGUAUUUUAGAUUCACAGGUUGUGAUUCCAAUAUGUUAUAAAGACAUUCUUGCACCGUGUGUGUGGUAAAUCUCCCGUCUAUAUGUAGUUGGAAAAAAGUCACUGAAUAAUGUUUUAACGAUAGGGUGUUAUGAUAUAAUGUAAAGAAAAAUGGUUCUUCAGCAGUACAAGAAGUAAAACUAUGUGUGCGAUCAGGAAACCCCCUCGUACUGUGUAUGAAAUGGCAGUCUAGUGGAAUAAACCGUAUCAGCGGACAGAGUUGGUGGUUAUAGUGAUUUGUUAACGGGCCACUGCUUGUGCCUCGAGGCAAAUGACGUUCACUUUGUAACCUAGCAGGCCUGCUUUCGAGGCUGCAGUCAAGUGCAGGGGCUUCUGGACCAUUUUGAAUAUGCAGAGAAGUGUUUCAGAAUGCAAUGGGAUAAAAUUAAAAGCAAAUAUUUAAAAAUGCGUGGGACGUAGCUCCCCUUAACAUCUGAAUUUGUGUCAUUAAUAAUGAAUAAGUGGUUAUUCUCUAACUGCUGGAGAGAAUGGGUAGCUUUCCUGUCUUCCCAGGAAAUUAAAUCUCUCCGUGGGGUUACUGGGGCUUUUUCUAAAGUUAAGAACCUUUGUGUUAUGACACUAGCUUCUUGAUGUGGGGGUGAGGAGGGACUUGGUAUUUUCAAGAAAAGAAUCACACAA